AUGGACAACAAAAGCGAAAGCUGUGUUCGCUCUACACCUGUUCAUGGCUUGGAUGAUAAAGAUAACGAUUCUGAGUCAUUCACAGACGGUGGCUUGCGAGCAUGGCUGGUGGUUUUGGGCGCUUUCUUUGGCCUAUUUGUUUCUUUCGGUUGGACAAAUUGUGUUGGGGUGUUCCAAGAAUAUUACGAGACUCAUCAGCUUGCAUCAUUGUCGCCAGGCACAGUAUCUUGGAUUCCGUCAUUAUCUAUAUUUACAAUCUUUAUCGCGGGGCCUUUUGUAGGGCAUCUGUUUGACCAUUAUGGUCCUAAGACGCUCUUGCUUUUUGGCACUACUAUUCACGUAUUCGGUCUCAUGAUGGCAUCCGUUUCUUCAAAGUAUUACCAAUUCAUCUUAUCUCAAUCAAUAUGCAGUCCAAUUGGAGCAGCUAUGGUUCUGUACCCGUCUUUUAGCUGUACCACCACAUGGUUCCAGAGGAAGUGCGCUUUGGCGAUGGGUAUUGUAGCCAGUGGAUCCAGUUUGGGCGGAGUCAUACUACCCAUCAUGGUAAAUCGGCUCAUUCCUAGUGUCGGUUUUGGCUGGACGAUGCGAAUAUGUGCCUUUCUUAUGCUGGGCUUGCUCGUCAUAACGAACUUGACUGUUCGAUCACGCCUACGUCCACAGCCAAAGAAUUACGAUGCUGGGGCCUUGAUUAAAUCAUUCAAGGAUGUUCCUUUUUUAUUAACAGCCUUUGCUGGCUUUUUCUAUUCCAUGGGCAUGUUUGUACCCAUCACCUUCCUAGUAACCUAUGGGAGAAGCGUGGGUAUGUCGCCACAACUUGCCGGAUAUCUAGUGUCCAUGUUUAAUGGAGCAAGCGGUGUUGGUCGCAUCCUUCCAGGAUACAUAGCAGACAAAGUCGGAAACUUCAAUGUAUCGCUUUGCGCCGCCUGCUUGUCUACCACUCUGGUAUUCGCUUUAUGGCUUCCUAGUCAUUCCAAUGCAGCCACCAUGGCUUUUGCUUCUCUGUUUGGAUUCAGUAGUGGCACUUAUACGGCAAUAAGCCCUGCGUUGGUGGCUCAGAUAUCAGACAUCCAUGAGAUUGGUCUGAGGUCAGGGACCAUGUAUGCCUUUAUGUCAGUCGCGGCAUUGACAGGAAGUCCUGUCGGAGGUGCUUUGAUCACGGCUGCAAAUGGGAGUUACUGGAAAUUACAGAUUUUCACAGGAGUCAUGCUAGCCACGGGAAGUAUGUUUUACGGUGCCUCACGAUUGUAUUUAGCGAAAGGCAAGUUAUGGGCGAAAGUGUAA